AUGGUGUACUGCGGCAAGCCUUCGAGGGGCUGCCAGAUGUGCAGGACGAGGAGAAUCAAGUGUGACGAGACAAAGCCCACAUGCAACCAGUGCACCAAGUCGCGCCGCCAAUGUCCUGGCUACAAAGACGAAUUCGAUCUUGUCUUCCGCAACGAGACCAAGGCAACCGAGAGGAGGGCGCAGAAGGCCAACCGCAAGGCCCUCGGCAAGGGCAAAGAUGUCGAGCCCCCGGCGCAACCCCAGGUCCAGGUCACCAAGAGCGCGUCUUCUUCGCCUGCCAGCCAAGACGGCUUCUCCAUCGUCAUACCCAUGCUCGACGUGCCCGUCGAGCAAAUGGCAUCGUGCCACUUUGUGUCUAAUUAUGUCUUGAUCCCGCGCCAGGGCAGCACCAGAGGCUUCCACGAGUACCUGCUGCCGCUUCUCAAGUCGGAAAUGCCCAGCAGCCACCUGCACCACGCGUUCAACGCCUGCGCGUUGGCGUCACUAGGGAACAGGCCGAACGCUUCUGCGACGAAACUCAACGCAAAGGCCCUCGGCCACUACACAAAGGCACUGGCUGCCACGCACAUCGCUCUCCAGCACCCCGAGCAGGGCAAGUCGGACGCCACGCUCGCCUCCGUCCUCAUGCUCGGACUGUUCGAAAACAUCACAGCCAGGCAAAUGGGCAUGUUCGCUUGGGGUUCACACAUCGAAGGCGCCAUCCAGCUCGUCAAAGCCCGCGGACGCAAGCAACUACGCACCAAGACGGGUUUCCUCCUUUUCGUUGCUGUGCGUACGCAGAUGAUUAUUCACACACUGACCACUUGCACCGCCCCCAUCAUGGGCGUCGAGUGGUGGUUGAGCGAUGCUGUCAAGGACGAGGCCGCUGCCAUAUCACAACGCUUCGCCAUCAAGACGGCCGAACUGAGAGCCGAAGCCACGCGCCUCAUGUCCACCAUGGCUCGCUGCCCUGAGAACAUUGACAUCAUGCUGGACAUGAUUCGGCGUGCCCAAACGGUCGAUCAAGAGGCCAUGAACUGGCUGCAAAACCUACCGGAGCACUUUAGGUUCAAGACGGUGGCUUGGGAGGACCACGUGCCUCAUGGCGACUAUGAGAAGGCUGAAGUGUUCCCUGGGCGCGUGGAUAUCUAUCAAGAUUUCUGGAUCGCCAGUGUCCUGAACAUGGCCCGCGUCUGCCGCCUCAUUCUCGCGUCGGUCAUUGUUCGUUGCGCGGCCUGGGUGUGCAGCCCAGUUGACUACCGCACGACACCAGAAUAUGCUUCGGCCGCACGGACGUGCGUCGACACCAUUACCGACAUUGUUGCAUCGGUGCCAUAUCAGCUCGGCUGGCACUUGAAGCGUCCCGAAGUGAUGGAGCGCGCGAACCUCUCCGGGUUUGCCUGCGGUGUAGAGGACGCGCUGAAGGGCUUGCCCGGCUACUUCCUGACGUGGCCCCUUGCCAUCCUGCACGGCCAGGACUACACGACCGAUGCGCAGCGAUGCCACCCCCAAGUGUCGGAUGACCGAGGACGAGUUGCUGCGCAGGGUGUUGGAUUCAGUGAAGCGAAAUGGGUAGCGACAUGGCCCAGCGUAAUUACCAUGAACGCCAUUUUGGCACCAGAACGGAUGUUUGGAGGGGUAGCAAGCAGUCUGCGCGCGGGGCUACCAGUCGACGCCGGGUUCCGAUUCGUGAUUCAAGCAAGUCAUGGCGUCGUGGGGCCUCAUCGGCCUGUAUGGUGUUUCUGCCGUUCUGUGACGGCCUUUGGGGUCAUGCACCCUGCUGCGGUAUCAAGUAUCGCCUCGCGAUGUGCCAUGUGUGCCCAGGUAAGGAGAGGCAGUGUGCGGAGGGGCUCACUUCUUCUUGCCCGACUUGUCCUCGAUCUUGCCGCCGCCGAGGUUCCACGCCUUGACGACCCAGCUCUGGGUCUGGUCGACGUACUUUUCGUUGGCGACGUGCUUGACGCCGACGCGGACGCCGUCCUUGGUGAAGACGACGUUCUUCUUGCCCAUGCGCUCCGAGGCGGCGCCCUGGAUCUUGACGACGGAGAGGUAGACCUGCCAGCAGACCCAGGCGAGGGCGCCGAGGACGAGGAGGGUGAUGAUGAGGGGGAUGAGCUGUCUGUGUUUGUUAGCUCUUCUUCUUUCCUUUUUGUUCUUCUUCUUCUUCUUGUCUUUCUUCUUCUUGUCCGUCUGCCUCGGUUGAGGUCUCGCGCCGCAGCUGGGAUGCUUACCCUAGUCGAGACAUGGUUGCGACGUCGAGGUGGAAUCCGCGUGCCGUGGUCUUGUCUGGCGUUGGAAUGUCGAGGAGGAGAAUCGCGAAUGGCAGACGGGGUCGGAGCCAAGAAGUAA